AUGAAUGGCAAGGUUGUGUGCGUCACCGGCGCCUCGGGGUACAUCGCCUCGUGGCUCGUUAAGCUACUCCUUCAGAAGGGUUACACCGUCAAGGGAACCGUGCGUGAUCCAGGUGAGGAAACCUACCUUAUGUGGUCUAUUUUGUCCGUUUUCUUUGGUUCUGGCAACAAUAAAGUCGUGCGCCGCCCUCCGUCAUGUGUGAUCCCGGAGAUGGUCACAGAAGUUUCCUUCUUUACUCUGCUUUGGGUUGGGGACGGGGUUCCGGACCUUUCUGCUCUGUUACAUCCUGGUCUAUUCUGCUUUGGAUCUGAUGAUCAACACUACUUACCUCUUUUGUUCUUUCGAAAUUUCUUUUUAGUCGUUGUUUUACAUCAGAUUUUGGCAUCAUUUUACGAGAUGGAGUCUUAGAUUUGAGCUCGCGGUUAAAAUAAAAGGGACAAAUAGGAGAAGACAAAUAAGUUGAUAAGGCACUGGUUGAAGAGAUUCUAUUCAAGACUUAUCCUUAGAGAUUAUUAGUCUACAUAUUAGGUGAAUCGCAGGCAGGCCCAACAGCUCUCCUUGUUACCUAAUACCUAUUAGGGAUAUUUUCUCAUUGUUUUAUUUUUCUUAUUUUUUUUUUUCAUGAUUAUUGUCAUCGUUUCUGUCACUUUACUCGUAAUAAGCACUCAUUUUCAUUCGCUUGGAAUCUAGCUCAGGAGGUUUCAUAGUCUGUGGAGCCAGAUUUGAUGCAUCUAGUGACUAUAACAGUUCUCAAACUGUACCUUUACUUAAGAUAUUCUUAAUAGUAUCCUAGGCUAUCUGUCCUGAUGUGGGCCAGCUUAUUUCCAUUUUCAACCUGAUUUGAAUAUUUCGUCGUAUGCAUACUUUUCUGUUUUCCAACUACCAGCAAUUGUCAUCAGAGCAUUUCUGCCUUGAACCCUGACAGAUUUUCUUAUGUUCUCUAACAUAUGUGGCAGUAUAUAUCUUAGCUCUGUACAUUCAAGGACAUAUGUGGCAAUAGUUUCUCGUUUAUCUAAUGCUCAUAAAUUACAAUCCAUGCUUUCCCUUUUGAUGGGACGUUGAGUAAAACGCAAGAGAGAUGGCCUCAUGAGCCCUGGAUAAUGUCACCAUGCAUCACGAGUGAUCUUUCCCUUUGCUUGGAAUCUUUUCUUCCAUCAGUUACACAGCUUCUCCUCAUGGCUACCAGGUGUUUUUUUUCUAGGACCAUUCCUCUCUGAUGUGCCUCUGACUUUUUGGAUGUUAUGGUGGAUAUUAUGAACUUGGGAUGAUGCUAUAUGGCAUUUCGGUCUGCUGACAGGAAUUACAUUGGAAGAAUUGAUGCCAUUUGACAUGAACAUGUCAUGACAUUUUUAAUCAGUGCUUGGAAGUUUGUCCUAGCUCCAUGGGACACUGCAUGUUGGAGUUUCUAGAUUCAACGUCCAUAAGGAUAGGAGAAAUAUUUUCUUCGAUUUGAGAAGGAUAGGACAUAAUAUCUGCAAACUUAUCUUAUAAGAAGGGAAUCCUGUAUGCUUUUUCUUACAUGUUGGCUCUGCCUUUGUGUUUGUGUUUUCUUAUUGGUCUUGUUAGUUCUGGUUGCUCUUUUGAUUAGUUCUUCAAGCCAGAAACAGAGAGAGCAGCUCAAAUCAAGGUAAAGCUUUUAAAAAUCAAAUAAAAUUAUCCAGAACCAGAAAGAAGAUAAUACCUCAGCUCCACGCUAAACCAAGCAUAUCCUUAUUUUACGUCCUUGGGAUCCUUCGAAUCAUAUCAUAUGGAGCAAUUCUUUAUGAGUUCAAGACUCCAUCUUUCAGAUGUGGAGACUCUUUUGCUUGUCCGUCUCUCCCUAAUUCCACAGGAGGCAGAGAUAUUUCCCUUGCUCGGUGAUGCAGGCAAGUCAGAAUCAGCAUCAGUUUCUGUUAGUCCUUAAGAUCGGUUUUGCUCAUUGAGAGAGCAGAAAAUUUUUCCAACACUUUGGACUUCUUCAAUGGUCAGUCAAAGGAAUCAUUAAAUGUAUAAGCAUAAGAAAUGUUGCAGUUUUCAUGCUCUGUUUGUUGUUUCUCUCUUUCCUUCUGCAUAGAUUUAAUUUCCUCCGUGGGAUACUUUUUUAUGUAACUUGAUCCCCACUGAUAUUAAUGCGGUCUGGCCAUGCAUUCAUUUUACUUUCUAAAAAUGGGAUUCCCUUGUUGGACAUCCACUCAAAUUUUCUGCUUUGGUUUGUAAUUCUGUACAUUUUUGAUAUGAUAUUGCAGAAGAUCCUAAGAAAACUGAGCAUUUGCGUCAAUUAGAGGGUGCCAAUGAAAGAUUACAUCUAUUAAAGGGCAACUUAUUGGAAGAGGGUUCAUUUGAUAAGGCGGUUGAUGGGUGUGAAGGUGUCUUCCAUACAGCAUCUCCUUUUUAUCAUGGUGUCAGCGAUCCAGAGGUUAGUGUAUAUAUAAUAGUUUUCCACUCAUGUUUUCAACUUGACUACGCUUUUUAUUUUUUGCUGUGCGCUGAGUAGUCAUGUCAUCUAGGACAUUGAUCCUAGACUAAAGGAAAAAAUGAUCUAAAGGAUAGAGAUUUGAAUGAAUGAGAAUUAUACAACUUGUGAUUCAUAUUUUGUAGUGGUAAUAGGUGCAUAAACGCAAAUAAGUAAUGGAACAUAAGUGAUCAAUGUGUCAGAUCUGAUUUUUGUAAAUAGCAGAAAAUCAUGGCCAUUUUGGAUACCCCCCCUUUUUUUAUAAGUGUGAUUUCAAUGUUAUUUAUGGCUGUGCUUUGGAGUAUCUUGGUUGAAGUAGACUUUUUUUUUUUUGAAGUGUUGGAGAUAAAAUCAAGUAUGUUGUGGUGAAUAGUGAUGCCAGAGCUUGUGGAGAAAAGUAUUCUCUUAUUGAAGAAGGGACACACCAAAAUUACAUUUCAAAGAGAGUGGGGUUUGUUAUUUAUAACAGACUCCGGAAGGUUUUAGACAUAGUCACAUAACUUGGAAUAUACUAGACACAUCGCAUCAACACUCCGACUCAAGUUGGCCAGUGGAUGCAUCCAUUCCCAACUUGGGAAUAAUGUACUAUAGUUGAGUGCCUUAGAUGUCUUUAGUAAGCAUUUCCGCCAAUUGAUUCUGUGUCAAGAUGUAUGGCAUACAAAUUAGAUUUGCCUUCAUCUUUUCCUUGAUGAAACAACGAUCAACCUCUACAUAUUUGGUACCAUCAUAUUGUACUGAAUUAUGCACAAUAUUAGUUACUGACUUAUUGUCGUAAUAGAGCUUCAUAAGACCAAUAAAGGAGAUUUUUAGCUCAUCAAGUAAAUUUUUCACUCAAAGUAACUAACAUACACCUUGGGCAAGUGCCUUGAAUUCGACUUCAGCACUUGAAUGAGCAACCACUUUUUGUUUUUUACUUCUCCAAGUGAUAAGGUUGCCUCUAAUAAAUGUGAGAUGUCUAGAAGUUGAUCUUUGAUUGGUCAUUGACCUUGCAUAGUCAACAUCUGUAAACAUUUCAACUUCUACAUUCUUACUUUGUUUGAAGAGGACUCCUCUACCUGGUGUGCCUUUCUACUAAUGUAAUACUUGAUAGUCUGCAUCUAAGAUUAUAUUCUUUUGGCUGAUUCAUAAAGUGACUUAAUAUACCUAAUGCAUACGGGAUAUUUGGUUGAGUGUGCAUUAUAUAAAGUAAUCGACUAAUGAGACAUUGAUACAUCUCAUGGUCAAUAGAAGUUCUUCCUCUACUAGGCAUAAUUUAUGAUUCAGAUCAAUAGGUGUAUUAGCUGGUUACCAUGCAGAGUUCCUUGUAUCUUUCAACAAAUCUGUUAGAUAUUUAUGUUGAGAGAGUGCUAGAGUUUGGCGUGUUGUGCUAGUAGCUAGCACUCAAGUAAAUGAGUAAAAAUAUCUUGGAAGCAUUUUUCUUGGUUGCCAUUAACCUUUUUUUCUGAUCUAUCGUCCAAUAUGUCUCAUAUAUGAUUAUGUUUGAGUUUGCAUUUCAGGUCGAGUUAAUUGAGCCUGCUGUAAAGGGUACUCUUAAUGUUUUGAGAUCAUGUGCAAAAACUGCUUCAGUUAGAAGGGUGGUCAUAACUUCUUCUAUGGCUGCGGUUGCAUAUAAUGAAAGAUCGAGGACUCCUGAUGUUACUGUUGAUGAAACUUGGUUCUCCAAUGCAGAAUUAUGCAAGAAAAAUAAGGUACACAAUAAUAGUCAUCUUGAUUACUGGGCAAAGAUAUUUUAUUUGUAAGAACAUUUAUGCGAAUUUUGAAUUUUCUUGUCAUUGAACUUCUGAACAUAUUUAGCGAGAACUAAUUGAAUACACAAAAUAAUAGGUUCAGAAAGUAAUGAUCAUACACACAACAAACCUAUCUCACUAGUUACUGGCUAGUUUGAGCACGCUCAUCUACAUUAGGAAGUAUUGGCCAACAGGGGUGGAUUAUGUGAUCCUGAUCCUAAUUUUUCUUUAUUCAACGUAUUUGAUAUUAAAGAUUCUUCCCCUAAGCAAAUACCACAUCACAAGGCAUUUGAAGUUAUUUCCUUUCUCAUUGUGAAUGAUGUCCAAUUCUGAGUUUUAUUGGACGAUUGAGUAGAAGUUUUGUACAUUUGGAAAAUGUUAAGAAUUCUGCGAAUCAUUUCGCUAUAUCCUCUAUCUGAUUUUCAGACUACUGUAACUAUCACGAGAGGUCAAUAAAUUUGAUCUGUUAUUUUGUAAGAGCUCUCUUAACCUUCUGAACCUGCUGUGAUAAAAAAAAUAAAAUGGAAUACCUUUGUAUCCCUCUGGUAACAUCAUUCUAGGUAGAAUAGCCUUCUCACUGCAUGAUAUUUGAAGAUGUCCCCGUCCACAGAUGUCGAGGAAAUGGGUGCUAGAUGACAAAUAUGCUUUUUUGGAAGGAAGACAUUAUUCCGUCUUUUAGAAAAUCUUACUAAUUUUUUUGAUGGCCUUACGUUACUCUUCUCUAUCUGAACGCUGGUUUUCUAUUAGUCAUGGUAUUUGUUAUCGAAAACCUUAGCUGAGGAGGCUGCAUGGAAGUUUUCAAAGGAGCAAGGGAUUGAUAUCGUCACCAUAAACCCAGCAAUGGUUAUUGGCCCUCUUCUGCAGCCUACACUCAACACAAGUGCUGCUUCAAUUCUCAAUUUAAUAAAUGGUAUGGAGAAAAAUGUGAUAGUUCAUUUAUAUAGAUGUGCGGCCCUAUAUGAUCUGUAAUUUCAUUCUGUGUAUUUAUCUGCAAAAGAGUUUCAUGCCUAUUUUUCUUGUCUAAUAUAUAUUUUAAAGUGUAUGGAAGCACGAAUUCAUUAAGCAUUGAAUAAUAUUGAGGUGAAAAAAUGUAUAAAAUUGGCCCUAAAAAGUGCUUUCUAUUCGGAAGCAGAAGAAACUGGGCUGUUGUAGAUAGAACCCUGGCGGAGUUGAUUAGCAUCCUCGAACUCUCGAGCAGUUCUCUUAUGGAAAGAAUAUUGGAUCCCAACACCUUUUGCUUAAAAAGAUGUAGACUUGUCCCCGACAAAAUAAGUAGAAGGUGAGUCCCCGUCAUGUGACAUUAGCUAAGUAGUUAAACCAAGUGAAAUAAGUUCCGUUGGAGGAGAAGAGACAGCUACCUGGCAUAAUGAACUAGGAGAACACAGUAGAAGAGGAGUUGACAACUGAAGGGGAAGAAAAUUCGCCCACACCCAGGGCUCCCUGUCUCAAACAUUUCCCACGUUCAUUCACAUUAGAGGUUUCUUGAAUGGCCAAUUUUGUCUUAUGUAGUGCCUAGGUUGUUAUUACCUUUUGGACAUUUCCAAAGUAUUGUAAAGAGGCUCCAUUCUGGGUUUAAGCAAUGCACUAGGUGUUAGCCAUUGUAAAGCAAGACGAGGGGGUUAGAAUCUGACUGAAAUCCUCCUAUCUCAAAGAGGGCCCAGCUCUUGCCCUUCCCGAAGAAGCCUGGGGUCCAGUAUAUUCAAGUUUGCCUCGGCGCCAAUAUUAUUCCAUACUAAAAGAGGAUAAGAAGACGAUAUGGAGGAGGAUACAACUUGAAAAGAUGGGUAAGCUGCAUUCAGUGAGGUUCUAGAUGAUGAAACCUCCUGUUUCACAAUCUUUCCCAAUUGUUUACUCGAUCCGUAUGUCUUGGAAAGGAUAGUUAUCAGGAAAGAAAGUUCUGAGACAAUUUCACCCUUCUGCUAGAUCACUGAUUGGAAGAAGGCCAAUAAGAAGUGGGGGGACAUGAUUUGUAGAGGACUAGACUAGGUAAUCCAUAAGCUAAUUGUUCCUCACUAGAUAAAGUGACCUUGGUGCCAUCUCCAUUGAUCAAUUUAUCCCUUUUUAGCAAAGAAAAUAGGAAGAAAAUAAAAAAGGGGUACUCAUGUAGAACAGCAUCCACAGAACCAAGGAAGGCCCAAUUUUUUUGACCCAGGUGGCUAGAAAACGUAAAAAUGUGGACUGCAGACGUUUGAAGAUCGAGACUGAGACUAAGCCCAAAUGAAUCGCGUGAAUAAUGCGUUAGUUUCAGUCACCAUUCGCUGUUAGGUCGUUUUAAAUUUGUUUCUGUAACUGGUCCAAUUUUCUAGGAGACUUAAGAUUGAUUUUGGGUUUAUUUAAAGGCUAGCAUGCUGUAACUUCAGAGUAGAUGAGUAUUAUAAUUUUUUGUUCUGUUUGGAAGAUUUGUGAGCACUAGUGAUUCAAGCAACCCUUGUUGAUUCAAGGAUCACCAAAAACCAAUCCUUGUGGAUUUAAGGGUAGAGAAAUUUCGUACCUUGUGGCUUGAAGGCCUGACAUUCCGUUUUCUGCAACUUCUGCUGCGUCAAGUGGUAUCAGAACAGGCCUUGUGGAUUUAAGGGCGUAUUUUUUCAGGCCCCAACGGAGAUAUUAUGAUAGGCUGGUUUAUCAGGUCCAUGUUCCCUGUGUGUGUGUUUGUGGGGGAGAGAGAGAGAGAGAGAGGUCCGAAGGUGGCAAACCUCACUCUCAUUGCAUCAGAAAAAAUAACUUGUUCUACUUAGUGAAAAACGGUUCAAUAUUAUGCUACAUACUAACUCUUGACGCCUUUGACAUGAGAUGAACCAGCAGCCACAAUUAUGGGUGAGAGUUUGGGUCCUUGAAGUCCAACUUUGUGUUAAUAAUCUUCAUGAAUAAAUUAAAACUUCUUAGAGCUUGAGGUGAUGUCAUUCUGAAACCAUGUGUUUACUUUUUUUAUUUUAUGAGAGAUUUAAUCUCAAGGGAAGAUUUUUAACGUUUGAGUCAAGUCAUUUUCCUAUUGUAUAUUUUAAAAUGACUAGAAGUACCUCCUUGCUUUUUCUAGGGACACCAACUUUCCCAAAUGCCAGUUUUGGUUGGAUCAACGUGAAAGAUGUUGCAAAUGCACAUAUUCUAGCAUUUGAGGUCCCUUCAGCUAAUGGAAGGUAUUGCCUAGUUGAAAGGGUUAUCCAUUUUUCAGAGGUCGUGAAUCUUAUUCGAGAACUAUUCCCAGACCUCAAGCUUCCUGAAAGGUAAUCUGUCCUUUUUAAUGUCGAUUCUCAGACCCCAAGCUUCCUGAAAGCUUCCUAAUUGGCAUAUGCCAAUGACAACAGAUUGAGCUCUCAUAAAUUUCAUUAUUGCAUGUAUCUAUUUUCUGUCGUCCAUUGAUUUAUGUUUUGAUAGAAAAUGUAAAUUGAUUUCUGAUUUCCUUUGUAUGAUAUUAUUUCACAUCCGAUGUUUUUAUGCUUUGAGGACUGAAUUCAACAUUACUCUAACCUAAAAUCCUCUGCUCUGGUACCAGAUUCUCUACUGUGUUUAGAAAUCGUUUCCUCCAAGUUCACUAAUUUAUAUGACAGAAUUAUAUCCUUUAACUUUAGCACCUCCAGAUGAAUGAAAUGCACAACAGUUAGUGCAAUCCUGGAGUAAACUAGAGCUCCAGAUCAAGAAUUUUUUUUUAAUUACUGUAAUAUCUCUUCCAAAGGCUUCAAGGAAAAUUACUGAGAGGCACUCAUUAGAUUAUGUCCCUUAUUUUAUGAAGUGGAUUGUUUUUCCUAUGAUUGACAAGAGACACUUGGGUAUUUGUUUAUUUUGUGUUUUGAGGGCUUAUCUUUCGUUGUUUCUUGCUGAUCAAUUGCCUGCCUUGGGUGAGGGGAUUGUGCAGUUUAUAUUUUUGGAUAUUUUUAUUUACAUCUUCUGUAAAUCAAGAAGGAAUACAGUUGUACAUUAUAUUUGUGUUAUCUAAUGCUUUCAGCAUUCUUCUCUAGAGAAGAUGUUGUUUUCGAGUUGGCAUUUGGGGACGAACUUCCAUUAUCAUUACCUUUAUAUUUUUGUGUAUGAGAACAUAGAGAGUUAUUCUUUUAUUUUUUUCACAUCUUUAUCAUCCUACUAAAAGGUUCUACUAUAUUGUGACAUAUCUUAUCACUCAAAGAAAACAUAAUAAAAUGUGCACGAAAGUGAUAACCACUCUAUUUAUGAUGAAAUGCAGUAGCUAACGGGAUUCUUUUUAUCUGUCAGUACUUACAUCCUUUUUCCGACAUUUAUCUGCAUUUCUAUGCAGCUUCAUGGUCUUCGGAACCAUUUUCUGUGUCUUUUACACUCGAAGUGUGUGUUUUGAACAAAUUUUAUUAUUCUUUUCCCAUCUCUUUCCGGUAUUGCCAGACGUCCAAAUAGGAUAUUUUUUUCAUCAUAAGGAAUUUUGAAUAUCUUUCUCGUUUUUCUUGUCAUCCCAUGUGUCUGUGAGUGUUGUUCUUUUGGGAUUCUGGCACUUGACGCUGUUCAUCAGCAUGUAGGUGCCUUUCAUUAAUAACAGUUCACUAGGGAAACAUCUUAGAUUUAUGGAAUAAUCAGUUGUGCUGUAAAUUGUAUCUCUUCUACCUAAGCUUUUCUAUUGAAUGACAUGCUACCUAUUGUGUUGUUUGGUGAUUGAAUGUGUUCAAGUUCAUCAUACCUGUUAAUAUUUAGCUCUAAUUUGCCUACAAUGUUGUGUGGCAAUUUGCCUCAGCUUUUUUGUGUCGCACAUGUUUUUGGCAGGUGUGUGGAUGAUGAGCCCUUUGUGCGGACAUACCAUGUUUCCAAGGAGAAGGCCAAAAGCUUGGGCAUCAGUUACAUUCCUCUGGAUGUAAGCCUUAAGGAGACCAUUGAAAGCUUGACGGAGAAGAAGUUUGCCUAA